AAUCCUUCUAAUAUAUUCUGUGGUCCAACAACAAGCUCCUCAAGAUCAGGAUUCUUAAUUGCAAGUCAUUGUCGUCAGGCGCCAUCCGUUGUGAAAGCCUUAAACUGAUAGAUAAAUGAUACCGACCGGUGGUUGCAGAAACUGACAGAAUACAACACUUAAAUCUAUGAUUAUUACCUGUCUUAUCUUUUCGUAAGCAAAGACUGCAACCCGAAAACAACAUUGUGAGCAUUUUAUUCUGCAUACUAAUUUAGGAAUGUAUGGAUUUGUCUUUCAAUUUAUACGUGUUCAUUAUUGAUUCUGUCUAAUUAUGGAGUAACUGUUACUUACCGAAUGAUUGCAUUUGGUAAACCCAGAACUGGCGUGCUAUGACCUGUUACAAACUCAGAGAACUCCGAAAUGAUUUCUAAGACUGUUUGCAUUACUCAAGAAGGUCCAGCAAAUGCAUUGGCACUGAACAAAGACAAUAGUCAAGUUGUUAUAGCAGGACGUAAUGUUUUUAAAAUAUUUACAUUAUUGGAAGAUAGGUUCGAAGAGGCUUGUAAUCUACGUGUUGGAAAAAACUUGAAUUUAAAUUUUUCUUGUAACGAUGUAGCAUGGAAUUUAAUAGAUGAUCAUAUAUUGGCAACUGCAGCCACAAACGGUGCAGUGGUAGUAUGGAAUUUAAAUAAAUCGUCAAGAUCCAAGCAGGAACAUGUCUUUAUUGAUCAUAAAAGGACUGUAAAUAAAGUAAGUUUUCAUAUGACUGAACCUAUGUGGCUCAUAUCUGGUUCUCAAGAUGGUACUAUGAAGUGUUUCGAUCUAAGAAUAAAAGAAGCUGCUAGGACCUUUUAUAGUAACACAGAAUCUGUACGCGAUGUACAAUUCUGUCCUCACUCUCCACAUACAUUUGCUGCUGUUUCUGAAAAUGGACAUGUUCAGCAAUGGGAUUUGCGUAAACCAGAUCGUUAUUUCCAACAUUUUACCGCUCAUAGUGGUCCUAUAUUUGCAUGUGAUUGGCACCCUGAAACUACAUGGCUUGCAACUGCUUCCAGAGAUAAAACUAUAAAGGUGUGGGAUCUUUCGGGUAAACCCAGUUGCGAUUAUGUCAUACAUACCAUAGCAUCGGUAGGCCGUAUAAAAUGGAGGCCUCAAAGAAAAUAUCAUAUAUCCAGUUGCGCUCUUGUUGUAGACUGUAGCAUAAAUGUAUGGGAUAUACGUAGACCAUAUAUUCCAUUCGCAAGUUUCAACGAGCAUAAAGACGUUCCGACCGGUGUAGCAUGGAGAGGCAAUCCACAAUCAUUUUUAUCGACUAGCAGGGACUGUACUUUGUAUCAUCAUGUGUUCAACGAUGCUACUAGACCAGCAAGUAAAGCGAAUCCACAAGGUAUUGCAUUGAAUCCGAAAGGAGAUAUUGCAUAUGCUUGUAAAGUAAAUGUUCAUGUUACAACCGCAAUGAAACAGUUCACUAAUAUAAUGAGAAAGGCAGUUGCAACGAAUGAUACAUUUUGCAUGGCAUCCAGCGUAAUGCAUAGAUUUACUAUAAGCGUACCACGGGAGCCAAAAUGGUUCAAGGCGUGCGCAGAGGGUUACUUGCUGUCUGGGAGAUUAAAUGACAUUUGCGAUCAUAAUGCCGGGGUUGCGAGAAACGCUGGUAGAAAUGAUAUCAGUACAGUUUGGAGUAUCAUAAAAACUUUAUAUGCCAAUCCUAUGGGAUCUAUUUUGAAAACACCUCCAACUGCUUCUAAGGAGGAUAUCGUAAACACAUUGAACUUAGCACAGAUUACGAUUGGACCUAACAUAGAUCAGCUGAAUGCAGGACACGAGAACGACGUGAAAUCGUUGCAAGGAGAAGUAACAGGAGCGACUAGCGGAGGCGAUGACGAGACCGAGACUGACGAAACACCAGAAAACCAGCAUUCUAUAGGGUCUUUGUUACCCAGCUACAAACGAACGUUCAUCGACAACAAAGGCUCAUCGAAAGGGGAUUUCUUGUUCGGUGAAAGUGAAUUUGAACCAAUGACGAUGGAAUAUACUUCCAGUUACGUACAUAAUAUAAUGAACAACGAUAACGACUGGACAUUAUCCAAAGAGGCGUUUCCCCUGCGACACGAGAUAAAAGACAGAUCUCCGCCACCAGAACAAUUCCCUAAUCACCCACCAGAUAUUAACGAGGACUGUGCUUCGUUGAUGAUCGAGGAUCAACCGAGUCAAUUAACCGUUUCGAACAUACCGAAACCACAAUUUUGGGACCCGACGAAUUUAAUCGAGGAAGCGUUGAAACAUCACGCAGCCCUCAGAGACAUACAAACAUCUGCGUCGAUUCUGAUAGCGUUAGGUGAGAAGCGAAAGAACUUGAACAUUGAAACAGCUGUUCAAGAACAUUGGAUACUAGAGUAUUUAGACAUGCUUGCGAGGUUUAAACUUUGGAACGUAGCUACACAGAUAAUCCAGUCAGUUUGGAUCCCCAGUGUCUCGCAAUUGAACCAGCAAUCGACAGUAAUACACGCGUGUUGCUUGGCUUGCACGAAACCAUUGCAGAGAGCGGCAUGGCUAUGCGACCGAUGUCAUUCGUCGCAUCAUGCACUUUGUUCCGUUUGCCACCAAGUGGUGCGAGGAAUGUACGCGUGGUGCCAAGGGUGUACACAUGGCGGACAUGUUCUGCACAUGAGCGAGUGGUUCCGCUGCAAUCGUCAGUGCCCGACCGGUUGCGGGCACAUGUGCGAAUAUACUUAGCCCUCGACGAUCCCCUCGGCGUCGUUGUAAGUUCUCCGUGCACAUGUACAUAUUAUUACGUAAUACUUACGUUAUCUCAGUCUAUUCAUAAUUAUUUAGGAAUGUAGAUAUCGCGGAUAAACAAGACUAAAGAAAUAAAGUUAUUUAUUGAUGCUACUUUUGUAAAUUGUAUAAUAAGAUUGGAAGCUUACUGUUUAAUCUUCGUUCUGUCACUCGUUUCCUCGGUUGUGCGAUAUUAUCUACGUUUCUAUCGUCAACAAUGUCAAACGAAAUGUGUACAAAAAUACAUCGACUAUUUAUAUAAACACGCAACUGUGUGAUCGCAGCGUUGCUGGCAUGGUUUCCUUAAAAGUAUAUUUUAAAGUAUAAAAAUCUGAUCGUAACUCUAUCCGUAGUUCACCUCCCUUCAUUCUCAUAAAAUUUACAAACGCGAGGGUCGUUUAGUUUAACUAUUCUUUUGUUUAACUUUGAUUAUCACACUUUUGACCUCGGUGUACGCUUCGAGACCGUACGAGCCCUGCUCCCUUCCGUGUCCUGACAUUUUGAAACCACCGAACG